AUGGAUUCUUUCCGGAAACGCGGCCGUAGAGACUCGGAAAGUCUUCCUGUAGGAUCAGAUCAUUCUUCCACCGGGAAUACCCCUUUGUCGCUUCCUCCCUCUUCUCCUCCCCCAGAAUUUUCAGAUGAGGCAGCCGAAGCUCUGGUAGAAGAUGAAAUUGAAGACGUUGAUAAUGAUAACGUGGAUGUAGAUGAGGAAGAUGGUGAGGACUUGUUUGGCGACGAUAUGGAAAGAGAUUAUCACCAAAAUUUGGAACUUGACCGAUACGAUUUGGAUGAAUUGGACGAUGAAAAUGAUUUGGAAGAGUUAGACUUAGGUGAUCGCAGAAUCAUUGAUGCAAAAUUACGGCACCGCGAUAUGGAAUUAGAGGCUACCGCUGGCCGAACAAAACCUGCAGCUUUUCUCCAGGAUGAGGAUGAUGAUCUGGACUCCAAUAUGGGCCUCGGUAUUCCAAGACAUCGUCAUCGUAUUUACGAUGAAUUUGCACCAAAUGCAGGAGCAUUAGACGAAGCAGGCGAACUUCCAUUGGAAUCCAUUGCAGACGUAAAGGCUGAUAGUAUUGCUGAAUGGGUGACUUUGGAUCCUGUUCGCAGAACUAUUGCCCGUGAGUUCAAAAACUUUCUUUUAGAAUACACUGACGAAAAAGGCACAUCUGUUUAUGGUAACAGAAUUCGAACAUUGGGUGAGGUUAACGCAGAAUCUUUGCUGGUUAAUUAUGCUCAUUUGGGAGAAUCAAAACCUAUUCUUGCUUAUUUUUUAGCUAAUGCUCCUGCUCCUGUUUUAAGGAUAUUCGAUCGAGUUGCGUUAGAAGCUACCCUCUUGCACUAUCCUGAUUAUGAACGUAUUCAUUCUGACAUUCAUGUUCGAAUUACUAAUCUUCCAACCUCUUUUACGUUAAGAGAACUUCGUCAAACUCAUUUGAACUGUUUGGUACGUGUUUCUGGUGUAGUAACACGAAGAACAGGCCUUUUCCCUCAGUUAAAGCACAUUCGUUUUACCUGCACGAAGUGUGGUGCUACUUUAGGUCCUUUCUUUCAGGAUUCUAGUGUGGAAGUGAAAAUUUCUUUCUGUCACAAUUGUUCUAGUCGUGGUCCCUUUGUUAUUAAUUCCGAAAGGACAGUUUAUAACAACUAUCAGCGACUUACCCUCCAAGAAUCACCAGGAACUGUUCCUUCAGGUCGUUUGCCUCGUCACCGUGAAGUGGUGCUCUUGGCUGAUCUGGUAGACAACGCCAAGCCUGGUGAAGAGAUAGAAGUAACUGGUAUUUACCGUAAUAAUUUUGAUGCUAGUCUUAAUACGAAAAACGGGUUCCCGGUUUUUGCUACAAUCAUCGAAGCUAAUCACAUAUCUCAUGUUGAUAAUAGCGGCAGUGCCGACGAUGAUUUUUCCCUUAAUCGCCUAACGGAUGAUGAAGAACGAGAAAUACGUGCACUUGCCAAGAGUCCUGAUGUCCACGAAAGAAUUAUUGCUUCCGUCUCACCUUCCAUUUAUGGUCAUCGAUCUAUAAAGGUUGCCAUUGCUGCAGCUUUAUUUGGUGGUGUCCCAAAAAAUAUCAGCGGAAAACAUAAAAUUCGUGGUGAUAUAAACCUCUUACUCUUGGGAGAUCCUGGUACUGCAAAAUCACAAUUUCUUAAGUAUGUCGAGAAGACUGCUCACCGCGCCGUUUUUGCUACUGGUCAAGGUGCUAGUGCCGUCGGUUUAACAGCAUCCGUUCGAAAGGAUCCAAUUACUAAUGAAUGGACUUUGGAAGGUGGUGCUCUUGUUUUAGCUGACAAAGGUGUUUGCUUAAUUGACGAAUUUGAUAAAAUGAAUGAUCAGGAUCGUACUUCUAUUCACGAAGCUAUGGAGCAACAGAGUAUUUCAAUCUCUAAGGCAGGUAUCGUGACGACCUUGCAGGCAAGGUGUACGAUUAUCGCAGCCGCUAAUCCAAUUGGUGGACGGUAUAAUACAACGAUCCCCUUAAGCCAAAAUGUAGAAUUAACAGAACCCAUUUUGUCUCGUUUCGAUGUAUUGCAAGUUGUUAAAGAUACCGUGAAUCCAGAAGUAGAUGAACAGCUUGCCAGUUUUGUUGUCUCAAGCCAUAUUAGAUCUCAUCCAUCUUUUGAUCCCGACUUUGAUGUUUUGACAAAGGCACCUACUGAGACGGGUGUUGAAGCAAAUGCUAUUCCUCAAGAUAUGUUACGGAAAUACAUUCAUUAUGCGAGAGAGCGGGUGACACCUCGUUUGCUACAAAUGGAUGAAGAGAAGAUUUCAAGGCUUUACAGUGAUAUGAGACGUCAAUCACUUGCUACAGGAAGCUAUCCCAUCACCGUUCGUCAUCUUGAGUCUGCUAUUCGUUUAAGUGAAGCCUUCGCCAAGAUGGAGCUUAGUGAGUUCGUUCGACCUGUGCAUAUAGACAAGGCUAUUCAUGUAAUUGUUGAUUCUUUCGUCAACGCACAGAAAAUGAGUGUCAAGCGCAGUCUCUCACGCACUUUUGCAAAAUAUUUACUUUGA